AUGCGGUUUAACCUUUUUACUCAGCAAAAAUGUGGAUUCAGGAAACCACCCAGGAAGACUGAGCCUCAAAGAGCAGACAGUGGGCUAAGUGGUAAAGCAUACAAAAGAAGUUCUCUGAUUCCUCCUGUCGAAGAAGCGGUCUUUUAUCCUUCUCCCUCUCCUAUAAGGACGCUGAUCAAGCCUUUCUGUUUUACUGUUGGGUUUACAGGCUGUGCAUUCGGAUCAGCUGCUAUCUGGCAAUAUGAAUCACUGAAAUCUAGAGUCCAGAGCUAUUUUGAUGGUUUAAAAGCUGACUGGUUGGAUAGCGUCAGACCCCAGAAGGAAGGAGAAUUCAGAAAGGCGAUUAACAAGUGGUGGAAUAACCUAAGUGACGGCCAGCGGACUGUGACAGGCAUCAUCGCAGCAAACGCCGUCGUGUUCUGCCUGUGGCGUGUCCCUUCUCUGCAGCGGACCAUGGUCAGAUACUUCACGUCCAAUCCCGCCUCCAAGGUCCUGUGUUCCCCCAUGUUGCUGUCCACGUUCAGUCACUUCUCCUUGUUCCACAUGGCCGCCAACAUGUAUGUCCUAUGGAGCUUCUCCUCCAGCAUAGUCAAUAUUCUGGGUCAGGAGCAGUUCAUGGCGGUGUACCUCUCAGCAGGUGUGAUCUCCAAUUUUGUCAGCUAUGUGUGUAAAGUCGCCACAGGAAGAUAUGGGCCAUCGCUGGGUGCAUCGGGCGCCAUCAUGACUGUGCUGGCCGCCGUCUGCACCAAGAUCCCAGAAGGGAGGCUCGCCAUCAUCUUCCUCCCCAUGUUCACGUUCACGGCAGGCAAUGCCCUGAAAGCCAUUAUUGCCAUGGAUACAGCUGGCAUGAUCCUGGGAUGGAAGUUUUUUGACCAUGCAGCGCAUUUGGGAGGAGCUCUCUUCGGAAUACAGGAAUUCCAGGCCUGGACCGGAGCGACGCCCUCAAGAGCCUCCAAGGCGAAGCCAGCCACGGUCAUCACCACCCACAGCUCUGGCUGGGACAGUGGCCUUGGGGCUGGCUUCCAGGUCCCAGAGGUGAGCACAAAGUUCACCCCCAACCCUUCGGCCAUCUUCCAGGCCCCAGCUCCUCGGAUUCUCAACGUGUGACCAACCCACUGGCAGCGCCUUGGAGCGGGGCAGCGGCCUGGCUUGGCUGAGGCCAAGGGCUAUUUAUAGACUCCUGCUGGCAGGCCACCCCGCCACAGCCCCUCCAUUCUCCCUGGAGGAUCCAUGGAGCCCUUGGUGCUGGAAGCCCUCCCCUGCGGUGACCUCUGGCCUGCAGGAUACUGCUCUGGGAGGGCAGCAGCUGCAGCAGCAGGCACUUGUUGCCCCCCCUCCUCCCUGCCCCCCAUGCAUGCGUAGCACUGUAACCUAGGCAACCCCAGGGGAUGCCCUCCACAGAAGAAACAGCUCAGGGCAUCACCUGUGUAUCUCGUGGUGCCGAUGGGGGUGGGGAUGGUGGUCCCAUUCCACAUAGCCCUUCUCUAGGCCGAGAGAUCAAGUCUGCACAGAGCAUGUCUUGGGACCAGUGUCUAACCACUGCACCCCACACUGGACUGACACCCCACUCCACACCCCCUAACGCUAGAAGUACUACACACGCCAAGAUUGGGAGCUUUGGGGAAGGGGUAGCAUCUGCCAUAGUCCCAGAGAGACCUUAACAUGUCAUUUAAACCAACCUACAGCGCCCCUUGCCCACCCCGCUGGAGGCGGGGGCUCACCCCUUCUGGGUCACUCCACCGGCCUGCCUUGCCUGCCACGGCCCCAGCAAAGCAUUGGGCUCUUUGUAGACAGGUCCCUUUGGGUCUCUACCCUUCAAACCACAAGCCCACCUGCUGUGGGAGACCAUGGAGGGGGCUUCAGCUAGCCCCUCACUGCACUCUAGGCGGGCGGGGCGGCUCUGCCAGCUUCUGGACUUGAUGUCGUCCCUCCCUCCAGCAGAGGACCCUUCCCAGGGAAAACAGAACGCACAACGGACUCUUAUUCAGACUCUACUGAUUUGCAUGUUGAGUGUUUUUGAGAUGAGAUGCCCGCUGGGCCUCGUGUGGGAAAUGAAGAUGAACCGCUUAAGCUCCAAUUUUACUAAAAUGCCAGAAACGUA